ACAAGAAUAUGGAAGAUAUUUGUUUGAUCGAAUGCCCAUGAGAGAUAUCAUUUCUUGGAACACAAUGAUCAGUGGGUAUGCCAAGAUUGUGAAAAUAGAUGAAGCGUUGAAACUUUUUGAUUGUAUACCCGAGAAGAAUGUAGUAUCUUGGAAUGCAGUCAUUUCUGGGCUUUUGCAGAAUGGUGAGGUGAAGAAUGCUAUGGAAUUUUUCAAGAGAAUGCCAAAGCGAGAUGCAACUUCUCUUUGUGUGCUUGUGUUAGGGUUGAUCCAGAAUGACAAAUUGGAUAUUGCUGCAAAUGUACUGUUUGAUUUUCUGAAAAGUGGUAAUAAAAGCAGUGAUCUUGUUUAUGCUUUUAACACCUUGAUUGCUGGGUAUGGUGAAAGGAAGGAUUGAUGAUGUUCGCCAUCUUUUCGAUCAAAUUCCAUUUUCUACUGAUAAGGGUACAGGACAGUGUAGGAAAUUUGAAAGGAAUGUAGUAUCAUGGAAUUCAAUGAUAAUGUGUUAUGUAAAGGCUGGGAAUAUGGUUUCUGCUAGGGAGCUUUUUGAUCUAACGGUUGAAAAAGACA